AUGGCUGACGCCGACUCCUUCGUGCACCUUGCUCGCCCUCUGGGCCCCGUGGCUGUGGGGUCUGCCCCGACUACCGCGCCUGUGAACGUGGUCAUCCAGCCUCAGGCUCUUUUCUCUAUCCUGGACCACUCCCUCCGUCGUAACGCCGACCAGGAGCGGGUCAUCGGUACUCUGCUGGGAACCAGGACCGAAGAUGGCACCGAGGUGGAAAUCCGCAGCACCUUCGCUGUGGGACACACGGAGACGACAGACCAGGUCGAGGUGGACAUGGAAUACCAGAAGCAGAUGCUGGCGUUGCACCUGAAGGCCAACCCCAAGGAAGUCCUUGUCGGGUGGUACGCCACCUCGUCCGAGCUGAACACCUUUAGCGCCUUGAUCCAGAACUUCUACAGCGGCCAGGGUGACGGCACGUGGCCUCACCCGGCCGUCCACUUGACCGUGUCCACCGAGGCCGGCAAGGACAUCGAGACCCGCGCCUACAUCUCCGCCCCCGUCGGCGUGACCGCGGAGAGAGCCGCCGACAGUGCCGCCUUCAUCCCCGUCCCCUACGAGAUCCGGUACGGCGAGGCCGAGAAGAGCGGUCUGGAGGCCGUGGCCGCCGCUCGCGAAUCCGAGGAGCGGGCCGCCAACCUGUUCACCGACAUCGAGGCUCUGGAGCGUGCGAUCGAGGAGGUGCUGGGCAUGAUCGACCGUGUUUCUCGCUACGUCGAGUCGGUCAUUGACGAGGAGGCGCCGGCCUCGACGGCCCUGGGCCAGUUCCUGCUCAACACCCUGGCCCUGGCGCCCAAGGUGGAGCCCGCUGACAUCGAGCGUGACUUCAACAACCACAUCCAGGACGUCCUGGUCGUGUCCUACCUGGCCAACACCAUCCGUACACAGAUGGAGCUGUCCAACCGGCUAGCAACCGCCCAGCUGACCCUGGGAGGCGAGUCCGGCAGCGCCGAGGCGGGAGCUCAGCGCGGCGGCCAAAGAGGCGGCAAGGGAGGCCGGGGCGGGCAACAGCGGAACCAAGAGCGCAGCGGAGAGGAGGCUCGCGCGUAA